AUGGAAUCUACUCGUACCAUCUCCGAGCUGAAGUCGUCCUUUAUCAGGGCGCAAGUCCGAAUACUAUCCGAAGGCCUUGAGCCGCCCGAAGAUUGGCGAAAUUACGCCGCUGAGACCGAAGAGGAUGAUCUCAGUGAUAAGGUGGUCGGCGAUGUUCUGCAAAAGUUGAACGCCGCUUUGAAACAACAUAGUCGCAUCGUCUAUUCCUCCCAAGCGGUUCAGCAUGUCGCUCAGCAAAUUACCAGCCUAUACUGGUCGUCGGUAACCCAGGCAAUACACAACCCAGGGUCUUUGAUAAAAGGGAUUGAGAGAUCGGUGGAUCUAUCCAGUCAUUUGAAUAUCGCACAACUCCCAUUGGAGCUAGAGGACCAAUCUGCGAGCGAAGAACAGCGAGCUAGAUACCAAGAACUACGGGAGCGUCUUACGGACCUGGAUCGCUUACGGCAACAGCGACAACGGCGCCUGGAUCAAUUACGACAGCUGCAACAAUUACUGGAGCCGUUCCGGGAACCGCAGAAACACAUCCAGCCUAAUCUGGUGACGAGAGAUGGCGAGCUAGUCCAGGAGUUAGACAAGAUGAGGAUGCUGGUUGCGCGAGUGGGCGGCCGAGUCGAACAAGGGAAGAAGAAACUGGGGGCUCAGGAGCAGGACAAGCCGUAUCUGGGGUGCGACCAGAAACUAGAUGCCUUAUUGGACAUGACGUGA